AUGGGCUUCGUCGAUCGCGGAGGUGGCCGGGAGGCGAAGGGCGCGAGCCUGCGCCGAUCCAAGAACAAUCCGGGUGCCUCCAUCGCGAAGAACAAGAGCGCCAAAAAAGACUACACGACCCCGGCCACACGUGCCACGCCAACGCCGCCACCCGCGUGCCUCCCGGUGCUGAAGGCCUUGAUGGCGGCCGCCUCGGCAGGGGCGACCGCGAUGGAGGCUACGGCUGCAUCGACCGUGACCGACUUCGAGAAGGCGCUUGCAGCCGUCCGCGAUGCUGCGCAGACCGGUGGAUCGCCCUACAUCGACGCCGCCGUGGCGCUGCUGUCACGCAAGCUGGAGGAGGAUCGGGAGGGCAUCUUUCGCCGCGCCGCCGAGGAAGGCAAGCUAGCUGCCGUGGUCUGCUGGUGUGGCGAGGCGGAGCGGCAGUCGUUGCUGUUGAACACGUGUGUGCAGCACAACAAGCUUUACCGGGGAACUUUGGAGCAGCAGCAGCGCAGCAGCGCCACUGGUGGUGGUGCCCGGCAUGUGCACUUCAACGUCGACGGCGCCGUGGUCGCCUCUGUCGCCGCAGCGGUGACGACAUCGUCGUCGUCGACAAAGGCCAGCAUUCUUCUGUACGCGGUGCUCGGCAUCCACGUCAACAGUAUCGACCGCGUGAACAUGCGAUUGCAUGAUCAGUGGGUCAAGGAGCUCGAGGCUAACGUGAAGCACAGCGACGUUGUCGGUGUCCUCACGGGGCUGAACCUCAGCCGUGAGCACGGAACGCACUACGCGCAGGAGCGCCUGUUCAAGGAGUGCUGGCGUGUCGCGGCUGAGGUGCGUCUGCCGCUGGUGCUGCACCUCGGCGCAGCAGAUGCGGCAUCUCUCACGGAAACGGUGAACCGUGCCGCCAAGCUGCUCGACGAACUCCUCGCCGCUACAUCAGCGACGGCAGACGGCGCCGGCGCCGCUCCGUCUGCGGUGGUGUUGCACAAUGGCUUGCGUGCCCUCCACGCCUCCACAGCGAUGCAGCAGCUUGUCCGUGCGCACCGCCCAGCAGCGGGGCGAACGGCGGCGGCUGUUCCGUUUUACGUACUAGCCACGGCGGACGGUCUGGCGGUGGCGAAGACGGAGGGCAGUGAAACUGAGGUGACAGCGACGACCGACAGUGGUCCGUCUGUGGAAGCGCUCGCAGCCUUGCUGCCUCCGCGUGCCGGGCUGGGCUCUAACUCUGACAGCGCUACCACCACCAGCAGCGGAGGAGACGCUGCCGUGCACCUCUCACAGCUUCUUAUCGGCACGGGUGCGCCCUGGGGAACGCCACAAAAUCUGCCAGACCCCUACCUCUGCACCCUGCCCAACGAGCCGGGAAACUACGCGUACGUUGUGCAGACGCUCUACGACGCGAUGCGGGCACCACCACCCCCACCGACGGCGGCGGCGGCGGCGGCUGAGCUGACGCUCGCCGAUCUGUCGGCCAUCGCUGCCGUGAAUUAUCUGCUCGCCUUCUUCCACGAGUGCGUCUGGGAGCAGGAGCAGCAGCAGCAGCAGCAGCGGAGCGGCAGCGACGAUGAGACGACCGCAGACGCGUUGCAGCAGCAACAACGGCGGUGGGUCGAGUCGCAGCAGCCGGUGGUCGUGGCUGGACUGGCCGACAGCGACGUCAAGCGCGAUCUGGAGGCGCUACUAGCUGAGGCGGCGAAGGAACGGGAGCGGAUGGAGCAGGAGCGGCUGCGCGAGGAGGCGGGGCUGGCGCAGGCCCGCAGCGAGGAGCUGCAGCAGAAGCGCAGCAGGAGAGAGAGAAAGAAGAACGUGAAGGCGAAUAACCGGUCGAACUUCACGCACUUCCGCAACAAGGACUUUGCACCUCGGCAGAGCAAGCAGGAGAAGCCGGCGCAUCUGCGAGAGGUGGUCGGCAUCCGCGAGGGAGGCAGCACGGAUGUCGACGGCCGCGAGAGGACGCCUUCGUCGUCAUCGGCGGCCUCCGACAGCGGCAGCGCCGGGGGGCCGAACAGCUUGGCGGCCCAGGUGGAGCGGCUGCUGAAGGCGAACGCUGCCCACCGCGAUCCGGAGUGCAGGGCGCAGCGGCAGCCAGCAGGCCGGGGCAAGGGGAGGGGUCAAAAUGCGUUGGCAGGGUCGAGGAAGGUGGGCCGCAGCGCAGACAUGAAGAGCAGUGAGCAGCCACAGCAGCAGUACGGCGCCGGUGCCGGCGGCAAGGCCGAGAACGGAAGCCCCAGCGAUGGCAGCGAUGAUGACGACGAGCGAUACACGCGCACACGUGCGUUGUAG